GGGAGCUGGUGAGGAGAGCGGAGGAUCCGUGUGGACCACAGCUUGCUGCUGCAGCGGCAGAGAGUGGGGACGUACACACUGGCCGGGCCCGGUCCCUUAAACACACACACUCAUACACACACACACACACUGCUCAUCAUUUUCUACAGCAUCAACACACGCUCACUGCGGGGGAGGAGGAACCAGGAGCCGGUUUGCAGCAGACUGUUUGACCCACUUCCUGAAGAUACACAGUAGCUGAGAUUAAAUUCGCUCAGUGUGGAUCCAGACCUCGUCACUCCGUCGACCACCUUGAUUGCGUCGCUGAAUCUGGGCAGAAGGUUUUCAUCAUGAUACACCCAAUCAUGGACAGGAACAGAAAGUGGAUGCCGGGCUUUGGAGCUGUGCUACUGAUACUCUUGAGUCACAAGACGUCAGCGCUAGAAGUGCCUCUUGAUCCUAAAGUACUGGAAGGAUUGCCCCAACCCCCCACUAUAACGCUACAGUCCCCAAAGGAUUACAUCUUUGAUCCGCGGGAGAACAUUGUCAUCCACUGUGAAGCCAAGGGGAAGCCUCAUCCCAGCUUUUCAUGGACGAGAAAUGGGACCCACUUUGAUGUAGAGAAAGACUCAAAAGUCCUGGUAAAGCCUGGUUCAGGAACUCUGGUCAUUGACAUCAGUGGGGAAAAGGCUGAGGCUUAUGAAGGAACGUACCAGUGUACCGCACACAACGAGCACGGCACCGCUGUAUCCAACAACAUUGUCAUCAGACAGUCCAGGUCCCCCUUGUGGUCAAAGGAGAGAAAUGAGCCCAUUGUGGUGCAGAUGGGGGUCUCCCUGGUGCUGCAGUGCAGACCCCCUGCAGGGCUACCCCCUCCUGUCAUCUUUUGGAUGGAUAACAACUUCCAAAGGCUACCGCUGGAUAAACGAGUGUCCCAGGCUCUGAAUGGAGACUUGUACUUUUCUAAUGUUCUCCCAGAAGACAGCAGGCCUGACUACAUCUGCUAUGCUCGCUUCCCUCACACACAAACCAUCCAGCAGAAACAGCCUAUCUCAGUCACCGUGCUGAACAAAAGCCCAAUGGGGGAGCGUCGCCCCGGUUUCAUGACACCUCUGGGUAUCACCAGCACCCAGAUGGUUCUGAGAGGGGAGACUCUGGAGCUGGAAUGCAUUGCUGAUGGCUUACCCACUCCAGAGAUGUCCUGGCAGAAGGAUGGAGGAGAGCUGCCGAGCAGCAGGAUGUCCUUUCAUAACUUCAAGAAAACACUCAAGAUUUCCGAUGUGAAUGAAGCUGAUGCUGGGGACUACCGCUGUACAGCCACAAACAGCCUGGGCACCGCACACCACAUCAUCAAGGUCACUGUCAAAGCGGCUCCUUUUUGGGUCAGCGCUCCCAGGAACCUGAUCCUUGCCCCAAAUGAAACUGGCAUCCUGACUUGUCGAGUCAGUGGAGAACCGAAACCAAAGAUUAGCUGGUUUGUGAAUGGAAUCCCCCUUGAGAAUGCUCCUGUGGACCACAGUCGGAAGGUGGAUGGCGACACCGUGAUUCUUAGCAAUGUGCAAUCAGGGUCCAGUGCUGUCUACCAGUGUAAUGCAUCCAAUGAAUUUGGUUACCUGAUGGCAAACGCUUUUGUCAACGUUCUUGCUGAAGCACCAAGGGUGCUCACUCCACCCAACCGAGUGUACCAGGUCAUCACCAACAAUCCUGCGUUACUUCACUGUGCCUCCUUUGGCUCACCAAUACCAACCAUCACGUGGUUCAAAGACAGUCAGACUAGCAUUAAGAAUGGUGACCCUUUUGUGAUCCAUGAGAAUGGUACAUUAGAGAUCCAUGUGGCCCAGCCACUAAACAGUGGAAAGUACACCUGCAUUGCCACCAACAACCUGGGAAUCAAGGAGAACCAUGUCUACCUGGAGGUUAAAGAGCCCACCCGUAUCCUGAAGCAGCCAGAGUACAAGGUGGUACAGAAAGGAAUGAGCGCUGUGUUUGAGUGUAAAGUCAAACAUGACCCAUCCCUCGUUCCCACCAUGACCUGGCUCAAAGACGACGGAGAGUUGCCUGAUGAUGAGAGGUUUGAUGUAGACACGGACAGUCUGACCAUCAAAGAUGUGACAGAUGGAGAUGAGGGCACCUACACCUGCAUCAUGAACACCACCCUGGACCAGGACUCAGCCAGUGCCAUGCUGACUGUCGUAGAGGCUACUCCUACUCCAGCUAUUGUCCACGAGAAACCUGACCCUCCGACAGACCUGGAACUGACUGACCAGACAGAGAGGAGCGUUCAGCUCACCUGGAUCCCUGGAGACGAACACAACAGUCCCACACAGAAGUUUCUAAUCCAAUACGAGGAUCUGCUUCACCAGCCUGGAGUUUGGAUCAACCUGACAGAGGUUGCUGGUACUAGCACCACAGCACAGUUAAACCUCUCUCCACACGUCUACUACUCCUUCAGAGUUCUGGCUGUAAAUCAUGUUGGCUACAGCCAGCCUAGCCAGCCCUCAAGCCAAUAUAGGACCAACCCUGCAGCUCCUGAUGAAAAUCCGUCAGAUGUUCAGGGAGUAGGAGCAGAGCCUGGCAAUUUGGUUAUCUCCUGGACACCGCUGACAGGAUUUCAGUCCAACGGGCCCAAUCUAGAGUACAAAGUGCAGUGGAGACAGAAGGACGUGGAUAAUGAGUGGUCCUCGGAGACUGUGGCCAACGUUUCUCAGUUUGUUGUGUCUGGAACUCCAACCUAUGUGCCCUACGAGAUCAAGGUUCAAGCUGUGAAUUAUUAUGGCAGCGGUCCAGAGCCUGAAGUUGUGAUUGGAUACUCUGGAGAAGACUUGCCUUUGUCUGCUCCUGAGAGCGUGCAGGUCAUGGUUCACAACAGCACUCUCGCAGAAGUACACUGGGAGCCUGUGUCUUUCCCCUCGGUCAGAGGAAAACUACAGGGAUACAAGGUAUACUACCAUCGCGAGCGCGGCUUACACGAGACAGAAGGGGAGACAGAGCAGCAGGAGCAGGUUUUGACGUUCAGUGGGAAUCGUAGCGAAGGACGUCUGCCAGGCCUCCAGCCUUACAGCCUCUACAACCUCUCCAUCAGGGUCCUUAAUAGCAAAGGAGAAGGGCCUCCGAGCCCCAGCAAGACAUUUGAGACACCUGAGGGAGUCCCAGGGCCUCCUUCCUUUCUGAAUGUCAUAAACCCUAGUUUGGACUCUCUCACUCUGGAAUGGGGCCCACCAAUGAACAACAAUGGACGCCUCGCUGGCUACACACUGAAAUACCAACCUGUCAACAACACCAAUGAGCUGGGACCAGUCAAGGUGAUGACCUUCUUAGCAAAUGAGACCACCACCACCCUGGGCAACCUGAACUCCAGCAUGCUCUACAAGUUUUACUUAAGUGCAAAGACAAUCAAGGGCUCUGGCCCCAUCAUCACAGAGGAGGCCUUGACAGUCAUGGACACAGCUCGUACUCAGCCCACUGUAGAGACGGGCAAAGGCCCCACAGAGCCCCCUCACCCAACCUCCCCCACCACUCAGUCUCCGCAUCCCCCGUUUCACAAGGCGCCACCUGUAGGCCCUGUGUUUGGCAAAGUUAACGCGUCCCUAUCGGAGGACGGUGCAGUGAUCAGUUGGGAUUACUUUGGACACCAUAAGAAUGUAUAUGUGGAAUAUAUUGUAGAAAACAGUAAGGAGGACUGGAAAAAGGAGUUGGUAAAUGGUUCACAUUCGCAUAUGAUAAAAGGUUUAAAGCCGGGGACGUCCUAUAGGGUGCGUGUGGUAGCUAGAGACCCGGCUGACCUGACGGUCCACAGCACAGAUGAAGUGUCGGUGUUGGUGCCAGCUGUACCCAGCCGGCAGGUAGACAUUGCCACCCAGGGGUGGUUUAUUGGACUGAUGUGUGCAAUCGCUCUCCUCAUCUUGGUCCUUCUCAUAGUGUGCUUCAUCAAGAGGAACAAGGGUGGUAAAUAUCCAGUGAAAGAGAAAGAAGAUGCCCACCAAGACCCAGAGAUCCAGCCAAUGAAGGAGGAUGAUGGGACGUUUGGAGAGUACAGUGACACAGAGGACCACAAGCCGCUGAAGGGAAGCCGGACGCCAUCCAAUGGCACUGUGCGCCGGGACGAGAGCGACGACAGCCUGGUGGAUUACGGGGAGGGCGGGGACGGACAGUUCAAUGAGGACGGCUCCUUUAUUGGACAGUAUAGCGGCAAGAAAGAGAAAGACACACACGAAGGCAACGAGAGUUCGGAGGCCCCGUCGCCUGUCAACGCCAUGAACUCAUUUGUCUAAUGACGGCGACAAGGCCGACUGCGAUAGUUGCUAUGGCCACUCGUUGUCACCCUGGCAAAUGUGACCAUAGGGACCGUCUCUGUGGUGACAGUUGCUAAGGUGACAGUCAUUGUGGACGCCUAGUUCGCUGGCCAUCGCCGUGGCUACGUAUCACCAAGACUGCUGACCCGCCCUCAUCUCCACACCCGCCAGCCCCCUGUCUGACCUCCUCUGAUUAACACACACUCAGCAUGGCAAAGGCCGACACCACAUCCCCCAUGAGCAUUAUAAGAAGAUGCGGAACGAGGGAUGUGAGGACUCUGAGAGGAGGGAAGGAGAGAGGAAGCAAUAUAGAAAAGCAGAAGGAAUGUACCAGAAAGAGUUUUUACCACUCAGACUGAGCAGAGGUGUGGCUAAGUGUGUGUGUGUGUGUGUGUGUGUGUGUGUGUGUGUGUUAGUGCUAUUUGAUCUCCUUUGCAAACAUACUAAACAUGAUGUAUCCAAAUUUAUAUUUUAUCAAAGUACAGUACAUGACCCGCAGGCAGGAAAAUAUGCAUUCACUCAUAAACAUCUGCAUGGAGUAAAUCACAAAUCUAUUAAGCAUUUUACCAUUUUUGUGUCAGUUGUUGCAGAGAUGAGCUGUGUGUUGAGACUGUAUAUGGUGCACGCCUACUAGCGAGUGGGUAUGCCUCUUUUAUUGUUUUUUCCACUUAGAAAGUGUUCAGUGGCGUAUGAUAUAUACAUAGAGAGACAAAAUGGCAGCAGUGUCUUUGUGGACCACGCUGUGAAAUGUUUGACUCGAAGUAGAAGCUAGCGUAUGUCCUUUUGAGACAGAUGAACGUUUUGUACAUAUGUAAUAGAAUAAGACGAAAGCUAUAUUUCAAGGUCAGUGAUGUCCAUUUGUUGUCAUUGGAAACCUGGCUGGAAACACUUUGAACUCAAUGUUCGGUCACUUAUUACACCAGCCAGCCAGCCAAAACUCCCACACUUACUCCAAUCUGCUCGUUUGUAGCCUCAUGUUUUCUCAACCUUGUUCUGUGCUUGCGUUUUUUUUUUUU